UAUACACACACAUACGCUAUAUUGCCAAAGUAUUGGUACACCCCUCCAGAUCAUUGGAUUCAGGUGUUCCAAUCACCUCCAUGGCCCCAGGUGUAUAAAAUCAAGCACCUAGGCAUGCAGACUGCUUCUACAAACAUUUGUGAAAGAAGUGAGCCGCUCUCAGGAGCUCAGUGAAUUCAAGCGUGGUACCGUGAUAGGUUGCCACCAGUGCAAUAAGUCCAUCCGUGAAAUGUUCUUCCUACUAAAUAUUCCACGGUCAACAGUUAGUGGUAUUACAACAAAGUGGAAGCAACUGGGAACAACAGUAACUCAGUCACAAAGUGGUAGGCCAUGUAAAAUGACAGAGCAGGGUCAAUGCAUGCUGAAGCACACAGUGUGUAGAAGUCGCCGACUGUCUGUAGAGUCAAUAGCUAAAGACCUGCAAACUUCAUGUGGCUUUCAAAUUAGCACAACAACAGUGUGUAGAGAGCUUCAUGGAAUGGGUUUCUAUGGCCGAUCAGCUGCAUCCAAGCCUUACAUCACCAAGUGCAAUGCAAAGCGUCGGAUGCCGUGGUGU